AUGUCGCUCGUCAAUUUCUUCAACAACGACCCCUUCUUCUCCGAGUUUGACCGCCUCUUUGACGAAGCGUUUGCUCGUCGCACCGGCGGUGGCAACACCCAAGUCCAGCGUCAGUCUGGCAAUGACGCGCCGCGCGUUCUCCGCCCAAGGAUUGAUGUACACGAGGACAAGGAGAAGAACGUCGUGACCGCGACGUUCGAGCUCCCGGGCAUCAACAAGGAGAACGUGAGCAUCGAUGUGCAGGACAACCUCCUCACCGUCUCAGGCGAGACAAAGUUCGAGUCGAACCGCGACGAGAACGGCUACGUCGUCCGGGAGCGUCGCUUCGGCCGCUUCUCGCGUUCACUCCCGGUCCCUCAGGGCGUCAAGCCUGAGGAGAUCAAGGCGUCCAUGGACAACGGUGUGCUCACCGUAACGUACCCGCGCCAGACUGCAGAGCAGCUCCCGAAGCGGAUCACCAUCUCAUAA